UAGUCGUGGAUUUCAGUUCAUGAUUGUUUAAUUAUAUUUUAAGGUAAAAUAUAUUUGUCUUUUGUUAAGAUUAAUAAAAGACUCACAGAGUGAUAUAUGUUCUUCUAACCUUGACCUGAUUAAUAAGCCAUUUUCUUAUAAUUUGAUCAUUUGUCGUUAUUAUUUCACAAGGUUUCCAUACGCAUUAUUAAUUUUCCAAAAUGGUCCUACUCCUACAGUCUUCUCCCUCCUACCACAUGGGAGACAUAGCGAUCUUUUCACAAGAUUCAAAUUUACCCAUCCGAAAGAAACGUAAUCACUUUCAUUGGCAUUAAAGAACAAACUAAACUAGUGUCCCUUUUCCUUGAUUAGGUAACUAAACUAGUGUCCCUUUUACUUGAUUAGGUACAUCAUACAUGGUUAAAUAACUAUAUGAAUCAUAUGUUAUUUCUGCUUUGUUUUUUUCUCAACAUUUUUGCAUUGUAAAUACCUUCAUGUAUUCGCUAAUAUAGUAUCACCAUAGAAAAGCCUUCGAAAUUUUGUAAUGCAUUUAGCAUGAUUAUAUAUAGUGUUGUCAGAAAAAAAAAAAAAAAAAAAGUAUGAAUUUUUUUUGUCAAACUGAGAUAACCUUUAAUACAACAAGGUUGGUACGCCGAAAUUCCUAGACAAAACAAAGCCUACCCAUAAUAUAUAAUUUUGAUUAAUUAACAUUAGUAACAUAAUGUUGAUUGUUUUCAAUUUAUUUACAUUUUGUCGCGUUCGGGAUCCUCCAAUCAAGGAAACAUUGUUUAUAAGCAGUCGAACCAUCGCCCAUGUGCUGCAACUCUUCUCUUAACAGUCUCGAUCAAUCCUAUUUAAAUCUGAUUUAUCCUUUGUCGGCACUUAUUCAUGGCUAAUAUCUUAUACUAUAACAAUUGACUCCACAUAGUUAAUUACAUAAACAUAAACAAAAAAAGUAUAUAAAAGAGGAAGACUUGUACAUUAUAUAAAAAGCAACUUGCACAUGCAAGUAUGUAUGUGGUUUUGUCCUUAUCUUAACUUCUGUCUCUUAUAUAAACCACCUAAAUGUUUCCAUGUUCUAUUUAUGUAUCUCAAAGCUUGAGAGAAAACAGAAAAGAAAAACUCCAUAGAAAUCAAAGUAGAAAGAUAUGAUGAAGUUUAAGUCCAAGAGGUUUGGGAUUAGAUUUGGAUUUGGUAAAAGAAUCAACAACAAAGGCACACAACAAGAUCAACAACAAAAGGGAGUUAGUAACAACAACAAUAGUAGCUCCAGCAACUAUGAGAUCAAAUGGGAACUUAGGCCAGGAGGCAUGCUUGUUCAAAAACGACAAGAGAGUAUUGGUGAAGACUUGAUCUCCAUUAGAGUCUCUACUUUUGCUCACUUUCAUGAUCUCUCCAUUGAAGCCACCUCCACUUUUGGAGAACUUAAGAUGGUAUUAUCAUUGCUUACCGGUUUAGAGCCAAAACAACAAAGGCUAUUAUUCAAAGGGAAAGAAAGAGAGGAUCAUGAAUAUCUACACAUGGUUGGUGUUGGGGAUAAAGACAAAGUAUUGUUGUUAGAAGAUCCUGCCUUCAAAGAUAAAAAGCUUCUAGAUCUUAACAACAUUUCCACAUCUUGUCCCAUAAUCGUAUAAACACAACUAAACAAAUUUGUCAAAUUAGUUGUUUGUCAAUUUCUUUGUGAAAUAAUAUCACAUCAAGAAAAUUAACUAUAGCUAUGAUUGUCAUGAAUUAAACUAGAGAUUCCAUAUAGUCAUUCGACUAUUUCUAAGUUGUGAACUAAUAUGUUUACAUGUUAUCUAUUUGUGAAAGUUUUUACAACCCAUGUUUUUAAUUAGUUAUAUACUG